AAAGCUAGCAGCCAGUAUCAUAAUGUUUAGCGACGGAACUUUCAAAAUAGUGCCGCACCAGUUUUUACAACUUAUGACGAUCCACGGUAUCUAUAAGGGUUUCUGCUUCCCCUUCGUGUAUGUACUGACGGUCAACAGGACUGAAGAAACGUAUUCCAAUGUUUACACAGAGUUGAAGGCGUUUGCAGUGCGUCACAAUCUUAACCUAAAUCCACCACAUUUGAUGUCUGAUUUUGAAAUAGCUAACAUUAAUGCUUGCCGAGAAGCUUUUCCGCAAGCACAAAUACAUUCUUGCCUGUUUCAUUUUGAACAGUCUAUGUUCAAAAACAUUCAAAAGCUGGAAUUAGUGCAAUAUUACAGGGACCUGGAAAAUCCUGACAUUAGAAACAGUCUCCUUCAAUUCAUGGCACUACCAUUUGUCCCUCUAGAUGAAAUUCUCACCGUUUUCAAUGAGCUAAAGGAUGAUGCCCCUGACGAAGUGGAAGAUUUCGUACAGUACCUUGAAAGAACCUAUGUGAAGGGUAGACCUGCAAGGGGGCGGCGUCCCGCAGUUCCCCCAAGAUUCCCUCCCAAAACGUGGUGUGUUUACGACUUGGUAUUAAACCAACUACACCGGACUAACAACGUCGUCGAGUCGUACCACUCCAAGUAUCAGAAAAUGGUGAAAUCCCAUCAUCUUAAUAUUUGGAAAUUUAUAGAAUAUAUGCAGAAAGAUCAAAGGGAUACAGAACAGCUCUGUCAACAGCUCGACUUGGGUCAUACGCGGAUCAAACAACAAAUUUCAAAGAAGUCGAAAAGAAAUCAGGAGAGAAUCCUACAGCGCGUCCAACGCUAUCAAGAAUUCAAAGAUGAAGAUGACAUUCCACGGUACCUAAGGGGCAUUGCCUAUUACAUUCGAGUUUCCAACGAGCCCGAAGACGAGAAUAAUGAGGAAAGUGAUCAAGAAUGAAGAAUAUCUAGAAAC